CCACUAUUUCCCUCCCUUUCUCCAACACACAGCCACUGCCCUCCGCACGAUUUCCCUUCUUUCUCCCACUGCCGCGCCCCUCCCCCCCGCCAGCCCUGCGAUUUCCCCCUUUCUCCCACAGCUGCCGCACACUGCCGCCCCUAAGAUUUCCCCACCUUUUUCCGGACUCCAUUUCUCUCCGCAGUAGCUUCCCUGCUCGUGCCCGACUUCGUCUUCUCGCUACAAUCGUAUGUUAUCCCUUCGCACGCUCACUGAAGUUUGGAAAAUCUUUUAUUUUCAACAAGUUUGGUUUUACUGCUAAACCUUCGCUGAAUGAGAGAGCUCACAUGAAAUAACCCAAAAAACUUAUGGAAUAUGAGCUUCAACUUUAUUAAAUGGAACUUGAAUUUCUCAUCUACAUUCCAAUGGCGCUUUUCAAAACUACGCUUGCCAAUCCAAGCCUUUCCAAGUCUGGAAAAUUCACUAAUUCUUUUGCCGUUGCUUCACGUAUUUUUAGCAAAAAUCUCUCCUAUGUUUCUCAACCAUAUAGAUCAAUUUGUACAGAAGUAAUCAAUGUUCUCCCUCCUCUGGAUGAAACCUAUAUCAGUAAUAACUUCAUUUCCCUCUUUAGCCAACAAAAAUUUUCCCUUGAUGACCCUCAGCUGAAAAAUUUAGCUCCAAGUCUCAACCCUCGAAUUGUUGAAACUGUCUUGAAUGGCUUGGGGAGUUGGAAGAUUGCUCAUAUGUUCUUCACUUGGGCCUCAAAACAACAUGGGUACAGACAUAAUUGUAAUACUUUCAAUGCCAUUGCAUCAAUCCUAUCACAUGCUAGAAAAAAUGCCCCACUACGAGCCGUUGCUAUGGAUGUCCUGAACUUUCGUUGUUCGAUGACCCCUAGAGCUUUGGGAGUCUUUUUAAGAUGUUUGGGAAGUGUGGGGUUGGUUGAGGAAGCUAACUAUUUGUUUGAUCAGGUUAGAUCAAUGGAUUUGUGUAUCCCAAAUAAUUAUAGUUAUAAUUGUUUGUUGGAAAUUUUGUCCAAGACAAAUUCUAUUGAUUCCAUUGAGAACAGGUUGAUGGAGAUGAAAGAUUUCGGGUGGGAAGUGGACAAGUACACAUUGACACCAGUUUUGAUGGCUUAUUGCAAUGCUGGCAAGUUUGACAAAGCUCUAAUAGUGUUUAAUGAUAUGCAUGAGAGAGGUUGGGUUGAUGGGUAUGUCUUUUCGAUCUUGGCAUUAGCUUUUAGCAAGUGGGGUGAGGUAGAUAGAACAAUGCAAUUCAUAGACAGAAUGGAAGAUCAGAAUCUUAUGUUAAAUGGAAAAACAUUCUAUGCUUUGAUUCAUGGUUUUGUGAAGGAAUCCAGAGAGGAUAUGGCUCUUAAGUUGCUUGAGAAAAUGCUGAAAUUGGGUUUUACUCUUGAUGUUUCAAUCUAUGAUGUGCUAAUAGGAGGGCUUUGUAAGAAGAGGGCAUUUGAGAAAGCAAUGGCUUUGUUUUUUAAGAUGAAGAUGCUUGGAAUUACGCCUGAUGUUCAGAUACUUGCAAAGCUGGUAGCAUCUUCUCCAGAAGAAAGAGUUGUGAUCAUGUUACUUGGGGAAAGACCAAAAGAUAUAAAUGAUGAAGGUAUGAUCUUUCUUUUCAAUAGUGUGCUGAAAUUUCUUGUUAAUGCUGGAAAAGUAGAGAGUACUUGUUAUUUGCUUCAGCUUAUGAUGGGAAAUGAAUCUCGUAGUGAUAAUAUUCACAUUUUGGACAUCCACCAAACUUUUAAGAAGUUACUUCCUAAUACUGCCUCGUUCAAUAUCGUAAUUCAUGGUCUGCUAAAGACAACAAGUAAGUUGGAUCAGGAUGCAGCAUUAAGCCUCUUUGAAGAUAUGGUUCAACUUGGUUGUGAACGAGACCAGUUACUUUACAACAAUUUGAUAGAUGCACUGUGCAAAUCAGAUAGAUUGAAGGAAAGUUAUAAGCUUUUGAGAGACAUGGAGCAAUCGAGACUUCAGCCGACACAUUUUACCUAUAAUUCAAUAUUUGGGUGCCUAUGUAGGAGAGAGGAUACUGUAGGAGCCAUUGAAUUAUUGAGGGAGAUGCGGGGUCAUGGGCAUGAGCCAUGGAUAAAACAUUCUACACUCCUCGUGAAACAGCUGUGUAAGAAUGGGCGAGCUAUUGAAGCUUCUAAUUUUCUUGCUGAUAUGGUUUGUGAAGGCUUCUUGCCUGAUAUAGUUUCCUACUCUGCUGCCAUGGAUGGCCUAGUCAAAAUUAACAAACUGGAUCGUGCUCUUGAGCUGUUUCAAGACAUUUGUACUCGUGGUUGUCGUCCAGAUGUGGUUUCUCAUAACAUAUUGAUAAAAGGCUAUUGUAAAGCUGGAAAAGUUAAUGAAGCCUACAAUUUUCUUCACAAAAUGAGAGUGGCAGGGCUUGUUCCUUCAGCUGUUAGCUAUAAUCUUCUUAUUAAUGAAUGGUGCAAAAAUGGUGAUAUUGAUAAGGCCAUCCUUUGUCUUUCCCAAAUGAAUGAAGAGAACAAGAAACCAACCAUCAUCUCUUACACGACUUUGAUUAAUGGAUGUUGCAAUUCUGGAAGGCCUGACGAUGCCAAAAUACUUUGGAAUGAAAUGCAGGAAAAAGGUUGUUCCCCAAACAGGAUCACUUACAUGGCAAUUGUGCACGGUCUUUGCAAGUGUGGAAAGCCUGAUGAAGCUCUAGUUUAUUACCAUAGUAUGGAAGAAAAGGAAAUGAAACCUGACAGUUAUGUAUCUGUUGCAUUGAUUGAUGCUUUCAUAUCGAAACAUAACUUUUCCAUGGCUUUUAACAUAUUAAAGGAGACAAUUGAGAAAGGAAACAUUCCCGAUCCAACCGACAAGAACUAUGUAACCAUAAAAGAUGCAAUCUUUAAAUUAUCUAAAGAUGAACAAACUGGCUUGGAAGUCAAAGCUCUUAUUGAGAAGGGCAGGAUUCCAACUAUUAGUGUUUCAUGUUUGAGCAGCUGAAGUUGAAGUUUUUCUAUCAACUUAUCAAAGGUAGUCGGAUGAAAUUUUUGGUCGCAAAGCCCAAAGAACAUGUUGAUACAUUUGAAAGUUGGGCCAGUUUGAUACUUCUAUCCUUAUUCCGAGGAUCAAUUUUCUAAAUUUCAGGCUGCCUUCAUUCAGUUGUAGAAUUGAUGUUCUAAACUAUUUUGUUUCUCUUCCCUUUUCUGAAAGUUCUUGAGGAAAACUACCAACGCGUCUGGGUGAGUGCUAAUUGUGAAUUAUGGACACCGCUUACUUCCUGACCUUUAUAUACAUAACUUUUGUGAUUCCUUUUCUUUGGAUUGGGUGAAUUGAAUCCUAUGUUACUCUGACUUGUUUUAUGCUCCUCAAGAGUGAUGCAAAUGUUAAAGUUACUGCCACUUGUAUACGAGUUCCUGUCAUGCGUGCACACGCCGGGAGUAUAAAUCGUCAAUUUGAGAAUCCCCAUGAUGAGAAUACAGCCAGAGAGAUUCUGAAAAAUGCUCCUGGAGUGGUCAUCAUUGACGACCGGAAAGCCAACCAGUUUCCCACGCCCUUGAAAGUAUCAAACAAAGAUGACAUUGCAGUUGGAAGGAUUAGACAGGAUGUUUCACUUGAUGGAAAUAAAGGAUUGGACAUCUUCAUCUGUGGGGAUCAAAUUCGCAAGGGUGCAGCCCUUAAUGCAGUUCAGAUCGCCGAGUUGUUACUUUAAUCCUGACCAUAGCAGAAAGACGAUGGUAUAUUGCUAGACAAAGUCUUUAUUUCAUCGUUAGUAUUUAUGAUAUGGUAGGAUGUCUCAGGAGGCAAAAAUUCGUAUGUUGAUCUUCGUAUCCAUGACUUAGAGCAAAUUUUGCAGGAGGGUGGAGUAACAUUAUGAGUUUGCAUUUAGAUGUGUCAGUCUAGUUUAAAGGAAAUUUUUUGGAAUUGAUGUUGUUCAGAAUGAGGAAGCUGAGUUUGAUGGUUUGUUGAUUUAAUGUGUGUGUUGAAUAUUAGUUGUGGAGUAGAUGAAUUUGCAUUUCACCUAAUUAAUAAAUGUUUAGUUAACAUUAAGUAAUUGAGUGUUUUAGUUUAAUUUGGGAUCAUGGAGAUAGAUUGAAGUAAAAUAUGUUAGGUCAUUCAUAUUCA